CUGUGUGUGAAGUGCGAGCAACUCCGUGGAGGGCCGCAUUCCCGAGCGAAGCAUGUUUUGGCUGGCCAACCCCAUCAGUAUCAACAACUACUAUGAGUUCAAGCAGUUCGAAAGCACGUUGUUCGAAAAAUAAGUGUUAAUAGAUGUGGGUCGGCGAUGUUGAUGCAGCUAGUGGUGACGGUGGUGCUGGCGGCGGGGCUGGCGCCGUGCGUGCUGCAGCGCGCCUGCCCCGCGCGCCGCCCGCGCCCGCCCUCCACCGUCUGCAUGCAUCGCAUCCCCUCCGCAAGAAACGACAGAAACAAUCGCAGCUCAACGAGUUACGUAAAAAGAAAGAGAAUUGCUAUAUAAAUUUCUUCCACCUCCCUGAAUCCUAUGAACAGUUACGCAGAACAAUACUGAAUCAGCAGAAUUUAAAUACUCCUGAAGAGUCUUCUUCCUCACGAAGAAAUCAGGAACGACCGUGAUAUCUGGUAGGAGUGCGGUGGUAGCGGGCGCGUGGGAUGCCGGUGCACACAUAUAGCGAGGGCGGGUCGAGCACGCGCGAGUACGUCUGCAAGCGCUGCAUCGGCUGCCGCUGGUUGAUGUGCUGCUGUAUGUGCCGCUGCGCCUGCCACCGGACCAUCUCAUGACUUGCUGCCGCGCGCUGGCGCUGCUGGCGCUUGUGGCGCUCACACAACAGGCGACGACAGGAUGCAAGAACUGUAUCAUCCUGGGUAAGGAGGAGAAGGCGAUGUUCCGCAUGCACUCUGACGCGUGCCUGUCGGCGUCGCACGUGGACCCGCGCCUCGUUGACGCCAUGCUGGCGGGCGAGCUGCUGGACGAGCCCGCGCUACGCAAGCACGUCUACUGCGUGCUGCUCAAGUGCAAGCUCGUCAGCAAGGACGGCAAGCUGCAGAAGACGGCCGUGCUCGGCAAGAUGGCCGCAAGACCCGAUGCCAAGAACGCUACCAAGGUCCUGGAAAGCUGCGCGGAACAGACAGGCGACACGCCGGAGGACCUGGCGUGGAACCUGUUCCGCUGCGGCUAUGACAAGAAGGCUCUACUCUUCGACUACAUGCCGACGAGCGCGGCCACAGAACACAAUGACAACAACUCCUAAUUCGUUCGUCAUGUCCUCCACAGAUGGCGCUGUUGACAAAUUCUUUUUAGUCCCAUGUGUAGUUAACAGAUGUCGCUUUACUAACCAUUCAUUUAACAUCAAAUUCUAGCUUAUCCUAACAUGUUACCUUUUCCAGAUCAUAAUUACUCUUAUAUAAAUGCAUUUGUAAUGUUUCAUAUCGAAUAUAUUUAUAUACUUACAUAAACAAUA